CCUCCCACCCUGCAGGGGAUCAAGGACCGCGUUCUGUACGUCCUGAAGCUGUACGACAAGAUCGAUCCCGAAAAGCUAACAGCUGAUUCCCACUUCAUGAAAGAUUUGGGCUUGGACAGUUUGGACCAAGUGGAGAUAAUCAUGGCCAUGGAAGAUGAGUUUGGGUUUGAAAUUCCUGACGCAGAAGCAGAAAAGCUAAUGUGUCCACAAGAGAUCGUAGACUACAUUGCGGAUCAGAAGGACGUAUACGAAUAAAGACAUCUGUCUGGAAACCUCUUCUGGCACGAGCACUGGGAUGAUGCCAGCAGGUGUACGAAUGUAAGCGCACAUUUCGGUACCGUGGCUGCUUUCAUCGGAAUAGUUCUGUUGGACGUUGUAUUUAAAGCUGUCGAUGUGUUGGCCUUUCAAAAAUAAAUAUGUAAUACCA